GUGAAAGUAUAAGGGUGGUUUUGCUUUAUUUGAUUAAAUUUUUUGUUGUUAAAGAUCAAAGUUUAAAUGAUAAUCCUAUGGUAAAUAUGGCAGACAUGGAUGUGACGCUUGGUAAACCGGAAGACUUCCCUUCGUACGGUUGGGAUAAUGAAUAUGGAUUUUUUAAAUGCAGUGUACCCGCCUUUGAAUCGAGUAAAUAUCCAAUCACCAAUGGACAGUUCCUAGAGUUUGUAAAAAGUGGUGGUUAUAACAAACGUGACUUGUGGACAGAAGAUGGGUGGCAGUGGAGGGAAUUUAAAAAGGCUAAACAUCCACCUUUUUGGGUCUGUUCAGAAGGUUGUAAGAGCAAUUGUGGUGCCAAUCUGUCUGUUUAUUCUCACUGUAAACCGGCUUCAGGUGAAGACACCAGUAUAAACUGUAGCUACAGGUAUCGUGCUAUGUUUGAUGAAUUAGAUCUACCCAUGGAUUGGCCUGUUGAAGUAACAUAUCAUGAAGCUAAGGCAUACUGUGCAUGGAAAGGUCCAGAAUUUAGACUACCUGCUGAAGCUGAAUGUCAUGUGAUGCGAGGUACUGAGAAACCAGUAACGGACGGUACAUCAUGUGAUAUAAUUUAUCAAGAUACAAUACCAGCUAAUCUGAACAUGCAGUAUGGAUCAUCUACCCCUGUAAAUCUCUAUCCUGCUAAUGAUGUCGGUUUCUGUGAUGUUUAUGGUAACGUGGGGGAAUGGCAUGAAGAUCAUUUUAAUGGAUUGAAUGGAUUUACAACACACUAUCUAUAUCAUGACUAUUCAACACCCUUGUGUGACGGCAAACAUCGUGUGGUCCUGAGUGGAUCAUGGUGCACGACUGGUGCAGCAGGUGGCAGAUUUUUCCGAAACACUUUCCGGCCACACUUUUUAACGUUUUCAGGAUUCCGUGUGUUACGGAACUUACACCAGACUGAUAAUAUGAAGCUGCCUAUACGUGUUAUUAAUAAUAAUAUAUUUGAACUUGAUUUGGGUGAAACGAAGCCAGUCUUUCCUUUAUAUGGAGAAAAUACUACGCUUAUUCCUACGCUUUCAGCUAACUACCACUUUAACUAUGAUACCGAGGAAUCAUUGUACAGAAAUUUACAAAUAGAAUUUGGAAGUCCUGAAAAUAUUGCGCAUGCUGUUACGGAGCAUUGUUUGGAAUUGACAAAAAAUCAUAAUAUUUAUCCCGACAAAGCAACAAUAUUGGGUUCUGGUAUCGGGCAUUUAGCAUUUUUACUAAGUGAGAAGUACAACAUCAUUUUGGGUGUUGAAAUAUGUGCGCGAAUGGUAGACGCUUCACUAACAUUACAAGACCAGCGAAGUCUUUCGAAAACUGACCCCGAUGGUCAAAUACAAACAUAUCGCCUUCAUUCUGAUGUGGAUACUAAUAAAAUAAUUUUUAAGCAGUUGACAUGGAUACCAAACGAAGUGGUUGCUUCUGAUUUGGUUAUUGUAACCCAUCUGCACAGACUUCAAACCCCAAAAGCCUGGUUGAUAAAACUUUGGGAAAUAACCAAACUAACAGGGUUAACCGUUAUUGUAUCCAUUGACAAUAACUGGACUGAAGACCAACUUCAGCCAUAUCUUUCUCAUAAGUUUCGUUGUGUUGGAAGUGAAGUAAUCCGGUAUAUAUGUGAAGGUUCGGAUAAUAAAGCUACUGUAACAUCCUGGAAACGUAUUUAAUUACUCUGUAAUAUCCCAUGAAAUAUUUAGGGUUACACAAAUAUUUCUUAAGGCAUCGCUGAAGAAAAGUUUUACCUUUCGGUUGGGUUUAGAAUAAGCUUUAUCAAAUAUAUAUUAUUAUUGUAAUCAAAUGAUCGUAAAAUUACAGGUUGGGGUUUCAUCCCUAUUGUUGUUUUUAACAGUGUAACUAAUAAAACCUAAAAUUUCCACCCCAUAUGAACAAGCCAUUCGGCUUGCUUAAAAACUUUGUCUAUGAAGAACAUCUUAUUUUAAAUGUCCUGCUUUUGAACAUAAUACUGAAUUUCCUUUCUUCAAUAUAUACAUCAUUCUCUGGAGUGGUUGACCUUGACAGUGGUGCAGGAAGGAUGGUCCCAACAGAGAAUGAUUUAAAAGAAGAAUUACUGCAUUUAGAAUCUGCCAUAUAUUAUUAGUGUCUACAUAAUGCUUAGUUUGUUAUUUAUAUGUUUAUUUAAGAAGUAAAUAUUUUCUCUUGUU